GUACAAGGCGGGAUACGAUUAAACAAACAAACCCUCUCUUCUCCUUCCCAAACACGCAGAAAAACAAACCUUCAAACCCUAAUCCACCAUGAACACACCAAAACACACCUGCUUAAAACUCCAAAUCCCUCAACAUCCCCAACCUAUCUUCAUCAAAGGCACAUGGUUUUCUUCUCACUUCAACCUCUCCAUCACCGACGGCUCUAACGCUUGGACCUGCACCGCAUCGGAAGAUGAGGUUGCAGAGCGAGCAUCUAAUUGGGAUCAACCGGUGUCUGAGUACGUUGAAAUGUCGGAGCGGUACCUAGGGUUUCAACAACCGGGUUCGGUCUACGGGUUUGCUGAUGCUGGUGGAGGAUUUAAAAGAUUAUCAUGGACUUUUGAAAAAGAAGGUACAAAGCUAGAGUGGCGAUGGAAAUUUAAACCCGCUGAAAACAGUAUGAAGAUAACUUCAGGAAUCUUGGAUUUCCUGAUGGAUGCUAACAUACGCCUAAGUGAGGAAGUUGUCAUGAAAACAAAGUCAAAUGAUAAACUGAAAGCGGAAGCUGAAAAGUGUCUAGAACAAAGUGAGAAGUUUCAGAACGAGAAGGCAGAGUUUGAAACUAAAAUUUAUACGAAGUUUCUUGGUGUGUUGAACUCGAAGAAAGCAAAACUGAGAGAGCUCAGAGACCGGGUGUCGACAGAUCAUGCAAAAUCACAUGACGACGAGGAAGACUCAAGUCAAAAAACCGAGACAUAUGAUGGUGAUAGUGAAGAUGAAGACGACACUGCUAUGGAUAUCACGAGCACGUCAAAGGGUACAUCUCGUGGCCAGAAAAGGAAGUAGGACUUCUGAAUCCCAUAAGUGUUUAUGGUAGAUGUUUUUGUGUUUGCUUUCGUAUGUUGACAUAGCGUUAUUAGCGUCUAUGUAUGUAUAGAGUUGGGUUGUACGUUUGUUUGGAUUAUGGUUCUUGUUUGUCAUAGUCAAUUAGUCAUUGGCAUGA